CGACCGCAGGCAUUCCGGAUUUUAAGAGAAAAAAUUUUAGCCCGAGGUUUUAUGGGGAAAAAAAAGGGGGCCUAGGUCCAUAUCUAUCUAGCUAUGACAUUUUUACUGAACUAUAAUCUCAGUACCUCAGUAACUCUAGUCUGUUACAGUUACUGUGUUACUAAAACAGUAAAACAAACUAGUCUAGUGUUGUAGAGCGCCAGGUUGAGAAGAAAAAAUGGCUGACAAAAAUGAGAUUGGGAAAUUCAGAAGAAGCUAUGCUGCUAAACUGUGUGAAGAAUAUGAUGAUGACCAAAGAAGAAACCCUCUCCAUCUAAAGAUUUCUAAAAGAGACUACUCGAUCUUUAAAAAAUCAGCCGACUGGGACGACACUCUAUUUUGCGCUAUUAGGAUCAAAAGAGAACCUGAAAGCUCUGUUGAUGUUUCAUCCUCCAGCUCCUCGGGGAGGUCGACUCCCUCCCCAGAGCUGCAAGGUGUAGCAACCAGUGUGGUCAUCUCAGAGGAUAUCAUCGUUUGCGUUUUGGCUGCCAAUGACAGCUCCCCAGUGACGGUUCCUACGCCUAUAUCAAACGCCCAUUCUCUAUCGAUAGACGAAGACAGUGAUGACGAUAGUGUGGAGAGUGGUUAUAAAAUAGUUCUCAAAUGCACUGAAUACUUCAGCAAACACUACAAUGUUAAACACACAGACUUAUUGUACAUUAGGGCCAUUGAGUUAUUUCCCCUGAACAAAGCUAUCUUCUCUGUGAAUGAUGAAGAAAUUUAUCAGUGGCUCCAGCAAGAUACUUUUAGCGAAGGGCUCAAACAGGAAAUCUGUCAACAUGAUUUACUUGUGCGCCAGAACGACGUAUUUCUCGCUCCAAUAGCUAAAAUGUUUCACGAAGAUGAAAAAUUCAAGAAGACCUGGUACUUUAGUAUCAAAGCCAUCGCAUCCGCGCCUUUCCAGAUAGGGUUAAUCAAGCCAACCACUGAGAUCGUAAUCUACUUUGAAAAGGCCAACACUCGCCUACCUUCGGAACAUCGCCACCUUUCAGGCCAUGAUAUUGAGCAGUAUGAGAUUCUCAUGUCAGAUUUCGUCAACCAGCCAAGCUCACAAGUGUUCAACGAUGACGCUACAGAUUUAAAAAACUUCAACUUCUUCUGCUCAAGUACAUGCGUCAUCCAGCAGCUGAUCCACUGGAAAAAAGUUCUCCUACAAGACGAAACCGUGGACUCGAUUGAUUUAACUUCUGUGAUAGGAAUGCCCAAAAAGAUGAUGAAGAAAUACAGAAUUUUUAACGGAACAAUUCUUAAGGUCUGCUUGUACCAGAAAGAGUUGUUGGGAGAAAUUAACCUGGACGACGCAGAGAAAUACUUAAAACAAGAGAAACCCAAACAGAAGUUCGUCAAAGUUCAGGCCCUCACUGGUAGACUGGAUGACACAGACAUGGUGUUCAUUUCAUCCAUUUUGUUGUUUAACUUGCAGAAAAGUCCUCCGGUUAUCAAGACACCCCUCCUUAUCAUUGAGAAACCAGGAGCCAACCCAGUCAGCCAUGACUUCAGUGGAUCCAAGCUGUCACGCUCAGUGAGCACACAGGUCCCUUAUGCCCAGGAGGUGCAGAUAACUAUCAUCAACUCCCCAAGUUAUCCCCCGCAAGCCAAACAUGACCAGUCUCUCAAGAAAUACUUUCAGAUCCCAAGGUUGCUUGGUGUGGGAGAUUUGUUUGCAGUCAGCUCUAUAGAUGAUCCUGACUUUUGGCCGACACCAGGACUUGACACCAGAAUCAGGAAACCUGUGAUAUUCUUCAGGGUGUCUGGCAUUUUACCAAAGCAGUUAGACAAUAAUGUCUGCUAUGUUGAUGCUGUCAACUCCACACUUAAGCAGGUUGGUUCAGACCACAGCUUUGUGCCACUAAAUGCCUGCAAAUAUCUCUCAUGCCUUGAUGCCAUAUAUGGGCAGAGUAUUGUGUGCCCUGGGCUAGAGAACUAUGUCAGAAAGCUGGAGUACCUGCUUCUACCUCACAUUCACAAUAAAUACAAUGCCCCAGCUAUUAGAGAGCUGAUGUCAUCAGUUCUACUCUCUGGACCAAAAGGUUGUGGUAAAAGGACAAUCAUCUACACAGUUGCUCGGAGAUUACACAUGCAAGUUAUGGAGAUCAACUGCCAUGAUUUGAUUGGUGAUAAUUCAGAUGCAACAGAUAAGAACCUGAGCAGACUCAAUUCAGUCAUCAAGUAUACCCCAUGUAUCCUGUUACUGAGGAAUAUUGAAGUAAUAGGCAAGGACAGAGAUGGUAAAAGUGAUGACCCCAGGAUCAUCAACACAUUCCACAAGAUAAUCCAGCAGACUGUAGACCAGUGCCAUGAGUACCCUGUCAUAAUAGCUGGAACCAGCAGCAACAUCGCAAGUCUUGCUGAGGAUAUGCUGCCGACAUUCUUGCAUGAAGUGGCUAUAGAGUCACCUAAUGAAAUGGAAAGGGCAGAAAUAAUUCAGGGUCUACUUGACAGUUUAGUUGCCUCCCCUGACCUGUCAGUCAGUCAUCUUGCCCAAAGAACUGCUGGGUUUGUGCUGGGUGACCUAAUCACCCUAAUCCUCCAAGCCAGACGAGAAGCUUAUCAAAAAGUUCUUAAAAUUUGCUGUGCAGAUGGAUUGCCAGCGAGCCUGCAGAGAGAAGAAGACAUUGUGACUGCAGGGGUGGUGAUGGAGCAGUGUGACCUAGAGAAGGCCCUGGACACCAUGCAGGCUUCCCACUCAGACAGUAUUGGUGCACCUAAGAUUCCCUCAGUGAAGUGGGACGACAUAGGUGGCUUGGCUGAUGUUAAGUCUGAGAUCAUUGACACGGUCCAGCUGCCCUUGCAACAUCCAGAACUACUCGCCGCAGGGUUACGGAGAUCAGGUGUUCUGCUCUAUGGACCGCCUGGGACUGGCAAGACUUUACUUGCUAAAGCUGUGGCCACUGAAUGUUCUCUUAACUUCCUCAGUGUCAAAGGGCCAGAACUCAUCAACAUGUAUGUGGGUCAGAGUGAGGAAAAUGUAAGAGAAGUGUUCAAAAGAGCAAGGAGUGCUUCCCCUUGUGUCAUUUUCUUUGAUGAGUUAGAUUCCCUGGCUCCCAACAGAGGCAAAAGUGGGGACUCAGGAGGGGUCAUGGACAGAGUCGUAUCACAACUCCUUGCUGAACUUGAUGGCCUGCACCAAUCAUCAGAAGUGUUUGUGAUUGGGGCCACCAAUCGUCCAGAUCUGCUUGACCCAGCCCUCCUGCGACCUGGUAGAUUUGACAAGCUGCUGUACCUGGGGGUCAACUCAGACUGGCAGGCACAGCUGAACAUUUUGAAGGCGCUCACAUCAAAGUUUAAAUUGGCCUCUGGUCUGAAUUUAAUAGACGUUGCUAAAAAGUGUCCGCCCAACUUGACUGGUGCUGACCUCUAUGCUCUGUGUGCGGAUGCCAUGCUCAAUGCCAUGAGGAGAAAAAUUGAAAAAUUGGAAUCAGGGGAAGAUGAAGAUCAGAAAAAUCUGGAGGUGGAUGAAGUGGACUUUGACUCAGCCCUAGAUACUUUAGUGCCUUCAGUGUCCCAUGAAGAUCUGCAGAAAUAUGAGCAGAUUAGAGCAUCAUUUCAACCAUAGUUAUCUUCCCAUACUUCUGUGUGCUAUGAUCUGCAGAAAAUUUAAUAAGUGAUUUGUGAUCAUUACAUUCCAUCUAUAUAACAUGAUAAAUAAACAUGAUUUUUUUUUUAUCAUAAUUUAUUUUUAACAUAAUUAAUUUUGUGCUAUAUAAUUUGUUUGAUUUUGUUAAAAUAAAAUGUUUUUUAUACAGUUGGGUCCAUUUUAAUACCAAAGGAUUUUACAUUGAGUAAAAUAAGUUUAAUUUAAACUGACACCUAACUGCUUGUUCUAUAAAUAAAUCUAUCAGUAUUUUCUUUUUAUUUAUUUUUCUUGCAGGAUUUUCUUUUGAAAUAUAUGUUGUUUUUCUCAAAUACCUGUCUGGUUUUUUUAUGUAGUUUGUACCAAAUAGUAUUGAAAUGUUAUUUCUUCCCCUGCCAAAAAUGAAAAUUUUAAUUAAAGAAUAGAAGCUACAUUUUUAAUUUUUUGUAUACCAAUCUCUGAUAAGGAAAUCUUAAGAUGUGUUUUUGGUUACUAGUAGUACAAACAAAGAAAGAAAGCCUUAAUCACAAUACUUUAACCCUCAAAAAGGAGAAAUAAUUCAUGGGAAAACUUUGGCAACAGAAGUUAUCUGUCUUUGAGAAAGCGGGGUUUUUUUGUUUGUUUUUUUUUAUAUUUUUAAAGUUUGGUUGUUUACAUACAAUUAUUCAUUUUCCUGGAUCUGUUUGCAUAGAUUUCUCUGUACUUUAUAAAGUCUCUUUAAUCCCUGGAUGAUUUUUUUAUGUUUUUAGCGCAAUUUCCUUACAGGAAAAAUUGCGAUUAUUAACUCGUCAUUUCUGGAUGGAUGGAUGUGUGUCCGCAGCCUUUAAGUCGUAUCUUCUCCUCAACGAAGCAAUAUCGAGGACUAGUUCCAAAAGCAAAUAUGUUAAGCAAGUUCCGAGGAUGAACAUAGGCCAAAAAAUUCCCGGAAUUCCUUCCUGGAUUUCACGGAAAAGCCAAAAAACCUCGAACAAAUGCAGUUUUUGCUCCAUAUCUCGGCAACCAGACCACUUAGCGACUUGAAACAUUUACCAAUCGAUUCCUGCCAUAAUUUAGAACAAUAUUGCCGAAGAAAGUUUUCAAAAAUAUCCUUUCGUUCGGUCACAAAAAAUUUUUUAAUAUAUUUUAAACUGAGCAUCGUGUAGGCCUAGGAUACUUUUUUAAACUGAGCAUCGUGUAGGAGUUUAUAUUUAUAGGAUGAUAUUUACUACUUUUUUAAACUGAGCAUCGUGUAGGCCUACUCGUUAAAAUAAAACUAUUUCUGUUGAUAUAGGUUAAUAUAGUUGUCUUUUUUUUUUAGCGCAAUUUCCAUACUGGUUUCUAUUUUGUUUUGAAUUAUUAAAACUACUUGUGUUGCAUUAUUUAUUUGCUGAAUAUAUGAUUUAUCUCGAUUUAAAAUUGUUAUGGAUAACAUAAGGAAAUUGCGCUUAAAUUGUCACUAGACUUUUUAAUAACUUGUUUGUUACAGAAGUGUUGAAAUGUUAAAUCUCCUGCCAAGGUCAUUUUAAAAAAUCUUAAAUAAAGAGUACAAGCUACAUUUAGAGUUUUUUGGAUGUUCCAUACCAAUCUCUGAUAAUAGAAUGAUCUUAAAAAUGGGUGUUGCUAUAAACUAAAUAUCUAUAACCCUAAUACUAAAACUUACAAUACUAUCAACAACACAUCUAUUUUUGGUAGAGUCCACUGUCAAAGGAGAACUGCAUUUUAUGAAAUUGUAUCAAUCCAAUUUUUCAUAUUUAUUGCUCAAGAAGAUACAUGUUGUCUUUAAUUAUUGCACUGCAUGUAUGGGCUACGUCUGCUUUCAAAGGGUCACGGCUUAGACCAGCAGCAGGCCAAAACUAUUAAUUUUGACCCCCAACUUGUGGCUCCCUUGCUGUCACAUUUAUUUUAUUGCUGUGUACUUUGUGUUCCUGUCAUUUUUUGGCUGUUAUGGCUCCAUAGUUUAAUAAACCACUUGAUGACUGCGCAUUGGAAAUCCAAGCACAAUGCCUGGGCAAUAAGAUGAGAAGAGCCAGAUGUACCAGGCCCCCUCUCUCUAAGACAGGAUGUUACCUGUACAACUUGGAAUCAACAGUGUUGCUGGAGCUGCCUUAAGGAAACCAGAGUUGGUAAUCCUAUCACCUAAGGGGCUUCACUCCUGUUUGAUUUCGGAGUUUUCUCUUCGAUGGGUUACUGUCCCCAGCUAAGGAGCCUCAUCUGCCCAAUGAUUUGAACUCAUGACAUGCAACCAUACACAUACCCACCCAACCACUCCGCCCCUUACCUUGUAAUGGUUGUGUUACAAUAUCAUCUUUGUACAAGUUAAAAAUCAUUUUUUUUUUAAACAUGUUCAGAAGCUUUGUAUUGAGGAAAUCCUUAUACAUCUAACUUAAUUAAAUUCAUAAGCUGUAAGAUGAGCAUUAAAAUAAAUUGCCUUGUUUUAUACCAUGUAUACAUUACUAACAUUUAAUUUUAUUAUAACUUAUUUUGUUCUCAUAUAAUUAUAUCUUUUUUUUUAAUUAACAAAAAAAACUAAUAUCAGUGUACAUAUUAUAUUCAGAAGUUUUUUUAUAUUUGGAUUGUGAUUAUCUUGAUAGAUUAGCAGAGAGCUUAAAAAUAAAAACCUCAGGAUUUCACCAGAAGUUUUUACUUCAUAACCAAUUACCUUUUUUUUUUAAAUUUAAUACAGAGAUGUAUUAGGUUUGUACUAUUAUUAAAUAAUUAAUGGGUUUUUGAAAAUCCUUGUAAAAAUGGUUAGCAAGUUUUAUACAAAUAAAUCACUUAAUGUCUACAUCUUUUGCUCUUUGUAUUUUGAUGCUACUCAAUUUAUUGAUCAAUUAUUGUGUUUUCAAUAAAAAGGUUUCAAGA